UUAGGAAUUUUGGGGGUUCUAUCUUUAAAACUGGGAAAAACGAAUAUAAGGGUGGCCGAGGAAGAAUCGGCUCAAGAGAUUCAUAUCCCGGCCGAUAUAGAUUGGGAAAUGCUCGAUAAAUCCAAGUUUUUCUUCUUAGGUGCAGCUCUGUUCUCAGGUGUUUCAGCCACCCUUUACCCUGUAGUUUUGGUUAAAACGAAGCAACAAGUGGUUCAAUCUCAACUUUCUGGUAUCCGAACCGCCUUUUCCAUCGUUAAACACGAAGGUUUGAGGGCUUUAUACCGCGGAUUCGGUACUUCUUUAAUGGGGACAAUCCCGGCUCGAGCUCUUUACAUGGCAGCUCUUGAGGUUACCAAAAGUAAUGUAGGCAGUGCCACGGUUAACUUGGGUGUUCCCGAACCAACCGCGGCGGCAAUUGCUAACGCUGCUGCCGGAUUAAGCGCUGCAAUGGCUGCACAGCUUGUUUGGACCCCGGUCGAUGUGGUCAGCCAGAGGUUAAUGGUUCAAGGAACCCACCCGUGCUGCAGUUCACCUAGUAGAUAUGUGAAUGGGAUCGAUGCGUUUAGGAAAAUAGUUAGAACGGAUGGUCCGAAGGGGUUGUACAGAGGCUUUGGGAUAUCGAUUUUAACGUAUGCUCCAUCGAAUGCAGUGUGGUGGGCAUCUUAUUCGGUCGCUCAGAGGCUCGUUUGGGGAGGCAUCGGACGCUACAUUUGGAAGAAAGAUGAUGAGAGUAAUAAUAGUAACAAGAUUAAGCCGGAUACGAAGACGGUAAUGGCUGUUCAGGGAAUAAGUGCGGCCAUGGCCGGAGGGGUAUCAGCUUUGAUUACAAUGCCACUGGACACGAUCAAGACUAGACUGCAAGUCCUGGAUGGGGAAGAGAAUGGGAGGCGUGGACCCACAGUUGGCCAAACUGUUCGGAAUCUGAUUAAAGAAGGUGGAUGGUCGGCUUGUUAUAGAGGGCUAGGGCCCAGGUGGGCGUCUAUGUCCAUGUCUGCAACAACGAUUAUCACUACUUAUGAGUUCUUGAAACGGCUCUCAGCUAAGAACCAGGAUAGCUUGAUGUAAUCGUUUCUUUCUUCUUUCUGGGUUCUCUUUCAUCUUUGCCUAAAUCACGUUCCUUCUUUCUCAGUUAGCCUGCUGGUGAAUGUAAAUCUGGGUGCAACUUCUUUUUAAUCUGAAAUAUGAAUCUUUAUUUCUUUUC